AUGUCACAUUUGACGAGUCGGUUCCUUACUACCGUCUCUUCCCCUACUGCACUGCCCCCCUCCCCCCCCCGCCGCUCUUCCUCGCGCCAGGUAGACGCAGUCGAGCCUGUCGAGGUAGCUGUUGACUCUGGUGCUGCUAGGGGUGCUGAGCCUGUGGGUGCCAGGUCUGGGGGUGCUGAGUCUGGGGGUGCGGAGCCUGGGGGUGCUGAGCCUGAGCGUGCGGAGCCUGGGGGUGCUGAGCCUGGGGGUGCUGAGCCUGGGGUUGCUGAGUCUGAGGGUGCAGAGCCUGAGGGUACUGAGCCUGCGCGUGUGGAGCCUAGGGGUGCUGAGCCUAGAGGUCCUUUGUCCUCUGGAGGUCCUUCAGGUGCCUUGUCCCGGCGGGAGACACUCUCUCCACAGCAGCUCUGCGAGUGGUUUGCUCGCCGUUGGAGCCGUGGUGCUAGAGCUGGUGGUGCUACUGGCGCUGGAGGUCCUGCUGCUGCUGGAGCUGCUGGGGGUUCUGGAGCCAGUGGUUACGAAUGUGCUCGUACUGGAGCUGGCGGAGCUGCUGGAGCUGGAGCUGUUGGAGGUGCUGGAGGUGUUGGAGCUGGCAGUGCUGCUGGUGCUGGUGCUCCUGGGGGUGCUGGAGUUGGCGCUGCUGGAGCUGCUGGCGGUGCUGCUGGAGCUGGUGGUGCUGUAGGAGUUGGAGCUGACGCUAGGGGUGCUGGUGCUGUCUCUGCUGAUUCUAAAGGCGUUGCGCGGCCGCGGCCGUACUUCGUUUCGCUCCUUCAGCAGGUUCUUGGUCUCCAGCCUUCUACUGGUCCUGCUCCUUCCUUAGAGUGUCCACUGCCUGUCCAGUCGCAGUCGCUGUUACAGCCCGCCUCCCCACUGCCUGCUCCUUUUCCUUACACUGGUCCGACCGGAGGUCUUAAGGAGCGUCGUGAGCCUGAGUCUCGUCCUGCGUCGCCUGUUCGUGCUGCUCGCACUAGUUGUCGUAUUCUGCGUCAACGUCCUCCUCCUGUCCCCGACACGCACCAGAUGGCAAUGCGUCCUUCCACUGCUCCGCAGCGUGUCCCUCUUCUGUCUCCUCCUGCGUCCUCCCUUGCAAUCGGUCCGGACCCAGAGUCUGACUCCCUUCAUGCUGCUAGUCCUACUGUCACGCGUCUCCUGGCCACUGUUGUCACUGACCCUUCUUUUGAGUCUACUGCUGCGUCGGCUUUUUAUGCUGAGCUUGUCGACUUUGCUGCUCACUGUCGUCUAGACUACGCCGCUAGUCUUGUUGCUGAGUCUGAGUCUGUCUGUCCUCCGUCCGUCGGGGGUGAGUGUGCUCUUAGCACGAACGUCCUUGAGGACAGGCAGGAGGAGUGCCAGUUUUUUGCUGCUGCUUUACCUCAUCUCGUGUCCAUGCUGCUUGCCCCUGAGGGAGACCCGGAUGCACCAGACAUCCCGACCCCGCGCUCUUACGCAGAGGAGAUAGAGGGUCCCUACUCCUCUCAGUGGCAGACAGCCAUGGACGCAGACAUGGCUUCCUGGAAGUCCACAGGCACUUACGUUGACGAGGUUCCCCCACUUGGGGCGAACAUUGUCGAUGGCAUGUCAAUUUUCAGGGUGAAGCGGCCGCCGGGUUCUCCGCCUGUCUUCAAGGCGCGUUAUGUUGCUCGAGGCUUCAGUCAGCGACAGGGAGUUGACUACUUUCAGACCUUCUCCCCCAGCCCGAAGAUGACCACUCUUCGGGUUCUGCUGCACGUCGCUGCUCAUCGUGACUACGAGCUUCACUCUCUUGACUUCGGCACAGCCUUCCUACAGGGCAGCCUGCACGAGGAGAUCUGGCUGCGCCGCCCACCUGGCUUCACUGGUUCAUUUCCUCCUGGUACCCAGUGGAGCCUCCGGCGGCCAGUCUACGGUCUCCGCCAGGCGCCCCGUGAGUGGCAUGACACACUGAGGACUACGCUUGCGGCUCUUGGGUGUGCUCCUUCCACUGCUGACCCGUCGAUGUUUCUACGCACCGACACUACUCUACCGCCGUUCUACAUCCUCGUGUACGUCGACGACUUGGUCUUUGCCACUGCUGACACUACUGGACUCGCCCACGUGAAGUCGGAGCUGCAGAAGAGACACACGUGCACAGACUUGGGUGAGCUGCGCAGCUAUCUUGGCUUGCAGAUCACCCGGGACAGAGCACGGCGCACCAUUACCUUGACGCAGUCACACAUGGUGCAGCAGGUCCUUCAGCGCUUCAACUUUACGUACUCCUCGCCUCAGGCCACUCCUCUGUCUACUCGCCACUCGCUCUCAGCUCUGCCUUCGGAUGAGUCCGUAGAGCCGAGUGGCCCGUAUCCAGAGCUUGUGGGCUGCCUCAUGUACCUGAUGACCUGCACUUGA